AUGUACCUUUCCCGCGUCAUUCCUCAUCGCUUGGAGAUAUUGAUUCGUCUGUUCCUCCUCGGCGAAAACGGUCUCGUCAUGCGGAAGGUUCGGUGCGAGGGAGCUCCCCAAGUCCCUGGCAAUGACAGCCACCCCGAGCCGCGGUGCGUGAAUUGCCAACGACUGGGCUUUCAAUGCCGGUGGCAAGUACCAACAGCCGGUGAAGACUACACACCGCCGCCCAAACGACGACGGGCGCCGGGGCGGCGCCGCGUUGUAUCAAGUCAUAAUGACCAUGAGUUACCCCAACAGCAGUUGACGGUGACACGCGAUGUGCAGCAAAGCGAUGCCGGGCCCGCGACUCUCAUGACUGGCUCAGACUCGACGACCGGUCAGCUUCUUGACGAGACACUGGAUCUCUUUGGUGGAUUUCUCUUCGGCACCGAUUUCGGAUCGGUUUCCGGGGGGUUUGAUUUGAAUUCCGCGGGCGAAGGGCUUGACUUCGUGCCUCUGCCUGCUGUCGACAACGACAUGCUGCAAGACUUGAAUCUCUCCACGCCAUUGCCAGACUGGCCCGCGCCCUCAUCCGCCGACGCUCUAUCCAAGACACCCCCCUACAGCGGCAGCGACACUGUCGACCCGGAUGGCUCACACUCGUCCAUUGACCCAAAUAAUCGCCGACUCAUCCAGCACUAUCUGGAUGUCAUGAAGGGCUAUGCCAAGGUCGAUGAUCAUGCCAAGGAUGACAACAACCUCUUCAUCUCUGCCUUUACCAGGUCACUCUAUUUUCCGCCCCUCUUCCACGCCAUUCUGGCAUUUUCAGCCUCGCAUCUAGCCAUGGAGGACGAGUCCUAUGCAAAUCAAGCCAACGCCUUUGUGACACUCGCUGGCAGAUCCUUUGAGACAUUCCGAUGCGCGGAAACUUGUCAGGUCGAUGGAUUACUCUCGGCGCUGUUUGUGCGCGUCAAGACGGUGCACAUGGUUGGUGGCAGCGUCGACACUUUUCUCAGCUUGAUCUCGGCCGCUGCAGACAUUGUGUCCACCAAGAGAGAUGAGUUGGCACUGGACACAGAGCCGUCAUUGACCAGGCGCAUCAUAGUACGCCUGGCCAUUCUCGAUGCAAGGGCAACAUACCAUCGCAUCGGGCGUGGGCAACUUGUGCAUCUGAUUCAAGAGAUUCCAGCAUUUUCAGCGCUUUUUGCUCGCCAUCUUGCCUGGUCGGCAUCCACGGGCGCAUUGUUCAACCUUCUCCGGGCCGACAUCCUGCGAAUGAAAGUGGCCGAGUUGGACACGAGACUUCAUGCGCAGAUGGAAAACGAGUUCGUCACGGAGACGCCCAUACGCACAAUCGAGGUCAAGAGUCUCUACGACGAUAUUGAAUAUGAGAUCGAUCAGUGGAAUGGCCAGAUGAGCCAAAGAAUGGACAUUUCUACAGACAUUAUUCCAGGGGACGAGGUGCUCAGCUCACUCGCAUUCGGAUACAACAUUGUUCUUUCCGCCCUGCACUCGGCACUAGUAUAUCUUUACAGCGUCUAUCCCUUGCCGUCCUUCAAUUUGGAGCGCUCAAUCUCAGUCGUCUUGCAAUGCCAGUUGAGGAUUAGCAACGACCCAUCACGCGCCACGUCACCCUCCUCCAUCCUACCUUCUUCCAUCUUCAUGGUUGGCUUAAUGACCAGCGACCCGGUUCAUCGCCAUUGGAUAUUGCAAUUGCUCAAAACGGGAGAAAGGUGGGGGGUGUAUGUGAAGAAAGCUCGACAACUUCUGGAAGCCAUGUUGAGGGAGCCAGGGCAACCCGACAUACGCGAUAUGAUGGAUCGCGUCACUGGUAGGUUUGUCAUCUAG